AUAGCAGUAGUUUCUGGACCGUAAAUCGAUCAACAAUCAAUACUCCGGGCUAUUUUAUCUCAACAUUUCACGUAUGGUAUCUCAACUACCGUUAAUCGCAACUUAAAGAACCAUAAAAAAAUUAAUAAAUCCAUUAAUCAAUCAAUCGUACAAUAAAAUAUUUAAAUUAAUUCAAUAAUAGUUAAAGUAAACAUUAAAAUAAUUUAUUUUUAUUUUGUCUUUUUACAAAAUAAAAAUGUUAAGUAGACAAUUUCUUAGAUUAAAAUCAAAAAUUUACAAUACUUGUCAUCUACGUACAAUUCAAACAAGUGGAGUUUUAGCAAAUAGAAAAAGUUCAGACAAACCUCCACGAAUUUUAAUAACAGGUGGAUUAGGACAAUUGGGAACCGAAUGUGCAAAAUUGUUACGAAAAAAUUACGGCAAUGAAAAUGUUAUUCUAUCGGACAUAAUAAAACCAUCGAAUGAGUCUCUGUCAAAUGGACCAUUUAUUUUUGCAGAUAUUUUAGAUUUCAAGGGUCUGCAAAAAAUUGUUGUUAAUCAACAAAUCGAUUGGUUGAUACAUUUCAGCGCAUUACUAAGUGCUGUUGGUGAACAAAAUGUUCCAUUAGCUGUGCGUGUCAACAUUGAAGGGAUGCACAAUGUUAUGGAAUUGGCUAAGCAAUACAAUUUAAAAAUAUUUGUACCUUCAACGAUUGGAGCUUUUGGUCCUGAUUCACCGCGUAAUCCAACACCAAAUACAACUGUACAACGACCAAGAACAAUUUAUGGUGUCAGUAAAGUACAUGCUGAAUUACUUGGUGAAUAUUAUCAUCAUAGAUUCGGAUUAGAUUUUCGUUGCUUAAGAUUUCCAGGUGUUAUUAGCAGUGACCCCCCUGGUGGUGGUACUACAGAUUAUGCAGUUGCAGUUUUUCAUGAAGGAUUGAUGACAAAAAGAUAUGAAUGUUAUUUAGAACCCUAUACAAAAUUACCUAUGAUGUAUAUUGAAGAUUGUUUGAAUGCUUUGUUCCAAUUUCUCAACGCUCCUGAUGAAAUGCUAAAAAAACGCACAUACAAUGUCACUGCUAUGAGUUUUACACCAGAGGAAUUAUUUAACGAACUACGUAAACAUAUCCCUGAUCUUGAAAUUUCAUACAAACCGGAUUCACGACAGUUAAUAGCUGAAUCAUGGCCACAAGUAUUUGAUGAUACCGAAGCUCGUAAUGAUUGGGGAUGGUCUCAUAAAUAUGACAUGCACAGGCUUGUUGAAACAAUGAUACAAGAUGUUAGCGAAAACUUCUUACCCAAAUAUCAACGACUUAAAGAAGUCAACAGUUAUGCAUAAAUAAAUCAACAAUUGAUAACUACUUGAUUAUCAAUAAUUAUUGAUUAUUAAUUAAAAACAUAAUAGAAAAUUUAUAAACACAAUUCAAAUUUUUAUAAAUAGUUUGAUAAUUUAUUGAAUAAUUAUUUUUAAAUAUUAACUAAUUAUUUUAUAAAUUAUUUUAAAUAAUAUUUAAAGAAUGGAAGUAUGUCGCUACCAAGUGAUGAUAAUAA